AUGCCUGUGACUGUGGCUAUUGAUGCACAUGAUGUUCAAAAUCUGGUUAAUGGCGAUGUUAAUGGCGACCAAGUGGGAAGAGACAAAUUUGGGGGAGAUCAUGUCUUGGGCAACAAGGUACAGUCUCCCAGACGGCUCUUCGUGGAGAAUAUUCCCCCUCUUCCUCCUGGACUAAUGCCCUGGAUCGGCAAUCAGGUUAUCAUUCAAAUAUGCAACACAGCGGUAGAUAGCGCGACCAUUGAACAACUGGGUCUGAUUGAAUCGGACGGCACUAUCUCACAAAAUUUUCGGAGGAUUUGCGACCUGGUGUCUAGAAUGAUACUAGCAGACCUGCAAAGCAACCCUCAACAACCUACCAUGUCAGGCUUACGUGAAACCAAGAUUGCCCUGGAAGAGUUCCAGACACUGCGUUAUACAGGUGUCCUUGAUACAAGGCUUAACAGACGUGAAAUCCGGUUUGAUGAUAUAAUAUCGCUUAUCCCGGCAUCUCCUCUUCCUGACCCCAACAUAACGCUUCGUUUCUACGCUUCAAUGAGAAACCUUCGACAAAGAAAGGGGAUUCUGAAAUCGCAGAGCCUUCCGGUCUCUUCAAAAAUUCUUCGUUGGCUCGAGAAUUCCUCAUCUGGUCUAAUAUGCCUGAAAGGGAACUAUUCCAGACGUCAGCUGCUGAGGGACGUUGCUGCUGAUGUGAUCACAAUGCUUAUCGAACAAAAGGUCCAUCUAGUCUGGUUACUUCAGCCUAAUGGUGGUGAUUUCCAAGAGUUUGAUAAAAUCGAGGCCACCAAGCAGCUUGUGUUUCAAGUCAUGCAGCUGAACCAUACAUCAAUGGACGAGCGUAGCGCAUCACUGACAAGGGCCAUGAUUCGAGAAGCGCGUACUGCGCACGACUGGUUUGGUCUGCUGGGCCGUGCCUUACUCGGAAUUGAACAAAUAUUUAUCGUCAUUGACUUAGAGGCUUUGGGUGUGCAAAGGCAGGAAUUCAGGUGGGCCCAUGAAUUUUCUGGGCUGUUACAGGACCUUCAGUCACGAGGGGUAACCACAGUCACGAAGAUCAUUCUUUUGAGCCACCGGGAAUAUUCAACGGAGGGUGUCCGACAUGACUGUGACUUUGUUUUUGACAUCUCAAGCAUACCAACCCUCAGCAGCGAUAUUCUGGAAAAAUGCACAGACGAUCAUUAG